AUGGGCCUUGUUUCCUGUGUCUUUGUAGAAUAUAUCUGGACUUUGCGAAUGACACAUGUGCUCUGUACCGUUACAUUUGAUUCAUUAGAAUCUAAUAUUAAGUCGGACCAAAUUAUAACAGCUAUAAAUGGAAUAAAAGAUAAAAAUUUCAUGCUGCACUAUGAGUUUCCUCCUUAUGCAACUAAUGAAAUUGGCAAAGUCACUGGUGUAAAUAGAAGAGAACUUGGGCAUGGUGCUCUUGCUGAGAAAGCUUUGUAUCCUGUCAUUCCCAGAGAUUUUCCUUUCACCAUAAGAAUCACAUCUGAAGUCCUAGAGUCAAAUGGGUCAUCAUCAAUGGCAUCUGCAUGUGGUGGAACCUUGGCAUUAAUGGAUGCAGGGGUUCCAAUUUCCUCUGCUGUUGCAGGUGUAGCAAUAGGAUUGGUCACCAAAACCAAUCUAGAGAAGGGUGAAAUAGAAGAUUAUCGUUUGCUGACAGAUAUUCUGGGCAUUGAAGAUUACAAUGGUGACAUGGAUUUCAAAAUAGCCGGUACAAAUAAGGGAAUAACUGCAUUACAGGCUGAUAUUAAAUUACCUGGAAUACCAAUAAAAAUUGUGAUGGAGGCCAUUCAGCAAGCAUCAGUGGCAAAGAAGGAAAUAUUACAGAUAAUGAACAAAACCAUUUCAAAACCUCGAGCAUCUAGAAAAGCGAAUGGACCUGUUGUAGAAACUGUUCAGGUUCCACUAUCAAAACGAGCAAAAUUUGUUGGACCAGGUGGAUAUCACCUCAAAAAACUUCAGGCUCAAACAGGUGUAACUAUAAGUCAGGUGGAUGAAGAAACAUUUUCCAUAUUUGCACCAACACCUAAUGCAAUGCAUGAGGCAAGAGACUUCAUUACUGAAAUAUGCAAAGAUGAUCAAGAGCAGCAGUUAGAAUUCGGAGCAGUUUAUACCGCCACAAUAACUGAAAUCAGAGACACUGGAGUAAUGGUAAAACUAUAUCCAAAUAUGACCGCAGUACUACUUCAUAACACACAACUUGAUCAGCGAAAGAUUAAACAUCCCACUGCCCUAGGAUUAGAAGUUGGCCAAGAAAUUCAGGUGAAAUACUUUGGGCGUGAUCCAGCAGAUGGAAGAAUGAGGCUAUCUCGUAAAGUGCUUCAGUCUCCAGCUACAACUGUUGUCAAAACUCUAAAUGACAGAAGCAGUAUAGUAAUGGGAGAACCUAUUUCACAGUCAUCAUCUAAUUCUUCCCGGUGACUUUUUUUUUUUUAAGAUACUUGUAGGGUGAUAGUCUAUAGACCAAACUUUUAGUAGUAUUCUCUAAUGUAUAGGUUUAUAUAUAGUAUACAUAUGAUCUAAUUAUUGGUA